AUGGCCUAUAUUCCAAAAAAUAUCCUGAUAACGGGUGGGUGCGGAUUUAUUGGUUCGAAUUUCAUCAAUUAUAUCUUCCACAAAUGGGAUAAAACAAAUUUUAUAAAUGUAGACAAACUAAUCUUGAAUUCGGAUGCUCGAUAUAUAAGUGAUGAUGUAAUUUUCUCUGGUCGAUAUAAGUUGAUUACUUGUGAUAUAAAAAACAGUAUAAUCAUAAAACAAGCGUUGGUUGAUAAUCAGAUCGACACGAUUAUUCAUUUUGCUGCUGACUGUACAUCAACGAGAUGCUAUGAAUUUCCGAUCGAAUCGCUUGAAAACAAUACAAUUUCGUUUAUUAAAUUUUUUGAUGUUAUUCGGUCUUAUGGAUUUGUCAGAAAAUUCAUUCACAUUAGUACGGAUGAGGUUUACGGUGAUUCAAAUUUGGCUGCUGAUGAAAAAGGUAAAAUGGAAGAUUCGGUAUUAUCGCCUGGAAAUACUUAUGCUGCUACCAAAGCUGCUUGUGAAUCUUUUGCUCAUUCAUAUCGUUUAAAAUUUGGAUUACCCAUUAUAAUUCUUAGAAUUAAUAAUAUUUAUGGGCCAAAUCAGUGGGACGUUAAGCUUGUACCAAGAUAUAUUGAAUUAGCAGUGAAUAAGGAAAAAUUCACAGUGCAAGGAACGGGAGAACAGCUUCGAUCAUGGUUAUUUGUGGAUGAUGCAUCUGAAGGAAUACGAGUCACAGUUGAAAAAGGAGAAAUAGGCGAAAUCUAUAAUUUAGGAACUUAUUUUGAGAUGAACAUUUUGGAUGUGGCUCGUAAAAUCCAAUCAGAAGUGGACAAACAACUAAAGCGCCAACCGGUCCACGUUGAAUUUAUCACUAUUCCGGAUCGACCAUAUAAUGAUUUGCGAUAUCUUUUGGAUAUAAAUAAAGUAAAUAAAGAGUUAGGAUGGACUCCGAAAAUUCCCUUUGAUGAAGGCAUUCGGCGAAUAGUUGAAUCAACUUUGAAACCAAAACUUCAUUCUCAGCGAAUGAAAGUCAUAAUCUAUGGGGGAAAUGGGUGGAUCGGGCAACAAAUGCAAAAAAUGCUCAGAGAGAGGAAAAUUCCAUUUCUACUCGCGAAAAGUAAAUUAGGAGUUGUCUCCGAUGCAGAGGUAAUUGAUGAGCUAAAUGAAUUUUGUGGAACUCAUGUAUUGUGCUGCAUCGGUAGAACGCAUGGAGGGUCAUAUAAAACAAUCGAGUACCUUGAAGGAGGUCCUGAUAAAACUUAUGAAAAUGUUCGUGAUAAUCUGUAUAGUGUUACAAUACUAGCAGAAAUUUGUUAUAAAUUGGGCCUUCAUUAUACUUAUAUUGGUACAGGAUAUUUAUUCUCCUACGACAAGGAUCAUCCAAUAGGUGGCGAAGGCUUCAAGGAUAAUGAUUUACCGAAUUUUUAUGGGAAUUCAUAUUCGGUGGUAAAAGGGUUCACAGAUCAAAUGAUGAAACAAUUUAAUGGUGGUAUUAGAGAAAAUUUGAAUGCUCGGAUAACACUGCCAUUAAAUUUCGAAUUAAUUGAUGAAAGGAACUUGCUAACAAAAAUAAUUGGCUAUAAGCAAAUUUUUGAUAUACCAGUGUCUAUUACCAUUCUUGACGAUUGUAUACCAGCGUUAUUAAAGCUUAUGGAGAAACGCUUUGGUGGUAAUUUAAAUCUCGUCAAUCCUAUUCCAAUUAGCCUUCAUGAGAUUUUGCAGCUAUAUAAAAAGAUCGUUGACCCAACUCUUCCCGACAGUGAAGUUUUUGAUGCUUCUUCCGAUAAAGGUAAGCAUCUAUUGAGCACAAAAGCGAAUUGUACAUUGGAUACAACGCUUUUAAAAGAAAUUUAUCCGGGAAUGCCAACCAGCAUUGAAGGACUUCAAACUGGUUUCAAAAAAUUAACUUUAAUUGGAACUACUCUUUAA